UCCGUUGAUUUAAACGUUUAUUUUUGUAUUUUUUGUUGCUGCUCAUGAACUUAUUACCAACGGUUUUUAAUACAUUUCCCUCCUUUUAAGACGUUAAAUACGCUGGUUAUUUUCAAAAUAUUCAGUGAAAAGUUUAAUUUUUUACUCUUUCCUUGUUUAAGUGACUUUUUGUGUUUUAGCAAAAAUGGAAAAUAAUAAAACCAAUGGAAAACUUAAUUCUCUUCGAAUCAACUACCAAAGAGAAGAUUUUGACAUUGAAGCUGGAUAUUAUCUUCACAGGGAAAAGCUUGGUGAAGGUGGAUUUAGCAAAGUUAGACUGGCUACUCACUUAUUGACUGGCCAAAAAGUUGCAAUCAAAUGCAUGGAUAAGACAAAACUUGGAGAAGAUUUGUUUCGUGUUAAAACUGAAAUAAAUGCUCUGAAAACCUUGGAUCAUCAACAUAUUGCCAAGCUUUUACAAGUUAUUGAAACAGACCAAAUGAUUUAUCUCAUUUUAGAGUAUUGCAGUGGUGGUGAGCUUUUUGACUAUAUUGUAUCAAAAAACAGAUUAAGUGAAAAGGAAUCUCAAGUGAUCAUGGGUUGUUUGGUCCAUUGUCUUGCUUAUUUACAUUCAAACGGUUUCGCACAUCGUGACCUUAAGCCUGAAAAUAUACUUUUUGAUAAAAAUCACAAAAUUAAACUCAUUGAUUUUGGAUUAGCUGCUCAAUCUAAGGACAAUCCGCAAAGCCUGCAAAAUUUACGAACAUGCUGUGGAAGUCCUGCUUAUGCAGCUCCUGAGCUUAUAUCAGGUAACAUCUAUUCCGGUCCCGCUGUUGAUGUUUGGAGUGCUGGAGUUAUUUUAUAUGCCCUUCUUGUUGGCCAACUUCCCUUCGAUGAUGAUAAUAUGGGAAACCUUUACAAAAAAAUUCAAGCUGGAAAGUUCAACAUGCCUUCGUGGCUUUCUGCUGAAGCUAAAAGUCUUAUUCAAUCAAUGAUUCAAAUUGACCCUAAGAAACGAGUCACCGUUAAAGAACUUUUAGAAAAUCCUUGGAUCAAAGAUUACUUACCAAAUAAUAGUGUUGAGAUUCAGAAAAAUAUUUUUGAUGAAGAGGUCUUGUGGCAAGUUCAUAAAUAUUUCCCAACUUUAAGUUACACUGAUUUGAGAUCCAAUAUUAUUCGUAAAUUUGGUUACCAAACAGCUACUUAUUGGUUACUUAAAGAGAAAAAAUUACGAGGAAUUAAGAGUCCUAAUGCAAAUUACCCAAGAAACUUAGCUAUAGCUACUCCACCGCGUUCAGUUAUUCAAACUCCAACUACUCCUGUUACUACCAUACUAAAUACACCAACUCGUAAAACACCUAAAGUCAUUGUCAAAGCUAAAGCCGAUGAAAUUCAAGUUUUCAAAACUCCUAAGCUUUCAACGUUUAAACCUAAUGGAUCUCAAGAUUCUAAACAAAGCCCUGCUGAAUAUGGCUCCGGUUACACAACUCCUAACUCUAAAAUACCAAUUUACCUCAAAUCUGGAGAUAAAACUUGCUCGCCACUUUCAGUGGCAGGUAAUAAAACACCAAACUCAACACGGAAAAGAAAACUUUUCGGUGAUAUCGUUCCAGGAAACGAUGACAAUCAAAAUGAAAAUUCCAAUGCCAAAGAAAAUUAUGCUACUCCACCAAAGCGCUCUGUACCCUCUCAGACGCCCAAGAAGAGUUUAUUAAAAAAGAUUAUUGAAUCAGCAACUCCUAGUAGAAAGUAUCCUAGAAAUAUAACAUCGACAGCUCCAACUACCACCAGAAAUAUAACUAUGACCAAAUUUUCAGAUCCACAAAUGUGUAUUGAGAAACUAAUGCAAGCUUUGAUUCAGAAAGGAAUUGACUGUAAACGAAAAGGAUUCGUGUUAAGCUGCGCCUUGAACAACAAGUAUCACUCAAUGUUAACAUUCAACCUGGAAAUUUGUCAAUUUGGAGACAAAUGUGCUCUUCAAAGGAAACGAUUAAAGGGUGAUGCAUGGCAUUAUAAAAAGAUCUGUGAAGAAAUAUUGAGGAUCAGUAAUGAGAUUUAUCAAUGUUAAUAAGAAAAAUUGAAAUAAUUUCGAUUGACGUGGGUGCCCUGCCUGAGAUUGCCAAAAUGAACUUUACAACUAUUUUUUUAUUCUUUUCUUUUUGACCAGAUUUAUAAAAUCUUGUGACAUAAGUAUUCACACAAAUGUCUUAUAUUAUAAUUGACAUAAUUCACAAUUAUUAAAAAAUAUAAAAAAGAGUUAUAUAUUCUCAAGAACAA